AUGGUAGUGUGCGUCGAAGGUCUGGGUGUACCCCGUAGAUCUGGGAUGUUCGGGCAUGCGCUGAAUGCUGUUACAUUUGUCAGCGAAGAGAAAAUCGCCGCCAAAUUGGAGCACUUGAAGAAAACGUUCAGGUGGUCGGAUGCUGAGGUGCGCAUUGCUAUUUCUAAGGCUCCAAUGGUGCUGAAUAGGGCUAAGGAGUUUCUGCAGAGAAAGUCAGAGUUCCUGAUCUCUGAUUUGGGGUUGGAGCCGGCAUACAUUGCUCAUCGCCCGGUAAUGCUUUUGUACAGCCUGGAGGGCCGGUUAAGGCCCCGGUGCUACGUUGUGAAGUUUCUUAAGGCAAAUGGAUUGCUAGGUCCUGAUCGAGACUUGUAUUCCGCAGUCGCAUUGAGUGAGAAGUUAUUCAUAGAGAAGUACAUAUGCCCUCACAAGGAAGCUGCACCCUGCUUAGCUGAAGACUAUGCUGAUGCUUGCAAAGGGCUAGUGCCAACUAAUUUCAGAAUUACAUGA